AUGGCCCAACCACCAAAGACAGCGGCCGAGAAGGACAGCAUGGAAGACGUCCCACCUGCAGCUAUCCGCUCUCAUGGCCGAGGCGGCGCGGGAAACAUCAACACCAAACCUCCGGCCCCAGUGAACGCCGACGACCUCAAGACACCCACCAUCAAGUCCGUCACCUACACAACAGGUCGCGGCGGCUCAGGAAACAUGGCCAAGAACGACCCCGCGAACCCCGACGAAUCCCGCGCCGCUCAGGAUGUCAACACCCCAGACCACCACGCCAAAGACAUGAAUGGGACCUACCACUGGGGCAGGGGUGGUCAAGGGAACAUGACUACUAUAGGAACGAGCGGCGCGGACCAAGCUCGUGCAAAGAGUCAGGAGCGGAGGCAGGCGAGGGCGUUGAGCGGGAGCAGUGGCAGACCGGAGAAUCUGCGAGCGCGGACGGGCAGCUUCAAGGGUGUGGUGGACAAGGGAAAGGAGUUGCUGGGGUUGAAGAAGAAUGGAUCGACGAAGAAUAUCAAAGAGAAUGGAAGUGCUGCAACGAAUGGUAGUAGUUUGAAGGAGGAUGAGAGUGCGAUCAGCGACUGA